CUGUCAUCUCUCUCUUUCUGUUGUUUUUCUAAAAGUAUAAAAGAUGACGAAGCUAUUCUGAUCUUUUUUUCCCCUUAUCCUUUUCUUCUGUUAUUUUCAUUUAUACAUGUAUCUCGGUACUUUAUUAACCAGUCUCACUCUCACUGCAACCGCUGUUUUCGGUAGCCCUUUACUUUUGAAGAGAGAUGGCAAAGUAUACACCUCUUGCAAUAGACCUAAUGAACUCGCAUUGACUUUUGAUGAUGGGCCCUAUAUAUACUCUUGGGAGUUGGCAGAGAAGCUCCAUAAUGAGGGUAUCAAGGCUACCUUCUUUAUCAAUGGAAAGAACUGGGUUGAUGUUCAAUCAGAGUCCGACAACGAUGGUCACUCAUAUAUGGAUGUCAUCAAGCAUUAUUAUGAUUUAGGGCACCAGGUGGCUAGUCAUACCUAUGAGCACAGGAGUCUUACUGGAGCCUCUGAAGAUGUGAUCAAAGAACAAAUGGAUACGCUCGCCAACAUCAUCGAAAGCGCUAUUGGUAAAAAGCCCGCAAUGAUGCGUCCACCCGAAGGAAAUAUAGAUGACAAUUCCUUGAGUGUGUUGACUGACUUGGGCUACAAGGUAGUCACUUGGGACAUCGAUACGAGAGAUUGGGAGAAUCACGACCUUUCUGGAGAGUUAGAUGCUUACAAGAGCGUUAUGGAUUCCUCUUCUGAUCAUGGCCAUAUUGCUCUUCAGCACGAAGUCUAUGAACAAACAGUUAAUGAUCUUGUUCCUAAAGUUGUAGAAUAUGCAAAAGAAAAGGACUACAAAUUUGUAACUGUAGCAGAAUGCAUAGAUGAACCAGCUUACCAAUAAUAUAACUAAUUCCCUUUUGUUUGAAUAUAUAAUAAAUUACUACUUAUAAGCUCAAAAUAUGUAUAUGUUUUUCCGGUCUUUGAUCUCUUUGUCUCUUUCAAUAUAGAUUAACCGAGUCU